UGGGCAGAGUGUAUGAAGCUCUUGCAUUGAUAACCUGCAGCUCAGCCUCACUCGGUCUCACUUUGUGGCUGUCCCCAUCACCUGGAGCGUCCUCCGGCCCAUUCUGUCUCCUUUCUGCUUCUCACUGCUGGACCGUCUGUGGCCGCGCUCGGACCCCCUGCCUUUCACCAUGACGCCCACCGUGCCGCUUUUCCUGCUGCUGCUCAGCCUUAUCGGAGCUCAGGCCACCUUUGAUCAGCGUAUGGCCGCCGCUAUGGUGGCAGGUCUGUGCAAAACCCGUCCCACGGACCUCGUGUUCAUCGUAGACAGCAGUCGUAGCGUUCGCCCUUCAGAGUUUGAGCAGGUGAAGGUUUUCCUGACAAACGUCAUCAACGGGCUGAACGUCGGACCCAACGCCACCCGAGUCGGAGUCGUUAAUUACGCCAGCCGUGUCAAGAAUGAGGUGUCUAUGAAGACUCACCGUACCAAAAUUGCUCUGGUCAAGGCUGUGAGCAAAAUCGAGCCUCUUUCCACUGGAACGAUGACUGGAUCGGCCAUCCAGUUCGCCCUGAACGUGGCCUUCAGUGAGGCAGAGGGAGCUCGGGCCAAAUCUCCUGAUGUCAGCAAGGUUGCCAUCAUCGUGACAGACGGGCGUCCGCAGGACAACGUGAAGGACGUGGCACAGCGUGCGCGUGACGCAGGCAUUGAAAUUUUCUCCAUCGGUGUGGGACGUGUGGACAUGACCACCCUCAGGCAGAUGGCCAGCGAGCCUCUGGAUGACCAUGUGGACUAUGUGGAGAGCUACAGCGUCAUUGAGAAGCUCACCAAGAAGUUUCAGGAGGCCUUCUGUGGUAAGAUGAGAGAGCCACCCAUGUUUACAGUAAGAGGAGGGAUUAGUCAAGCACAAAUGAAAGAGAAGUUAGACCGCUACUAUCCGUGUCUUCAUCACAGUGGAGAAGUUUCUGCUGGCCCCUUUGCACAGAGGGUAAGAUGUCAGGACUAUCAUCUUUUAUUCCAAUUUAUUGUGUCCUCUCUUUUGUCCUCUGCGCCUCCUCGCCAAGACUCAAAUAAUGGAUGGGCUAAUUUCACCCAUUCAUAUCAAACCUCCUUAAAAUUCCCGCUUCAUGAGGACAUUAGGGCAGAAACAAUCUCUUGGAAGGAGAUUUGCUCCUGUUCCUCUCUCAACUCUCUCAUAAUCGAGGAGCGAGACUGAUCCAUCUGUAAUUACCGAUUUAUUAGUGACAAUCAUUAAAACUGAAUUAGCGACGCCCUUCGGGCGGUCUCGGCCUGCGAUAGUAUCCAGGGCUUUGUGCUGCUCGCUCUAUGGAAGCCCGUCUUAUUGCAGACGUUUCUUCCAAGGGCAGAGCUGCAUGACGGCACUUUUACUUCAUAAUGGAGACAAA